CUCACGUGUCGCGGCCUGCCUCCCGUCUCCGUCUCCCGCGUCUCCUCCUCGCCUCCAUCCCUGCUCUGCCGCACGUCCGCACUGCUCUACCCCGCACCGCGUGCCGAGCGUCUGCUGCCGUGCAGCAUCCGCUGCCGAUGCCCGCCUCGACGCGCCUCAGCGGCGCAUACGGCGGCGCCAGCUCGGCCGCCAACAUCGAGCACAUCCUCGAGCACUUCGACCAGUUCAAGCGCAAGCACAUCACGCAGAACCGCGACAUCAUCAAGACGAACGCGCUGGCGCAGAUCCGCAUCCGCGAGCUCGAGACGCGCAUCCAGGGCCUCGAGGCCGAGCGCACCGAGCAGUGUCUCGAUGCCACACGCCUGCGCGCCGCACUGGCACAGUCCGAGCACGCCGGGCAGGCCGCAAAGCGCGCAUGGCAGGCGCUCGGCCGCAGCCUGCGUGUGCUCUGUGCCCCCGGCGAGCCGAGCCAUGGGCUGGGGCUGGGCGGCGCAGGCAUGUACGACGAGUACGCCGGCGCAGAGCUCGAGCCGCAUCGGCGGCCAGGCAUGCGCGUCACGCUGGACCCGCACGCGCUGCCGGCGGGCAUUGCCCGCUCAAUAGCGCGGCCGCCCGAGGCGCGCAUCGCAGAUGUGCAGGAGGAGGAGGAGGAGGGGGCAUGGGGCGCGGCGCCGCGGCAAGACGUCUUUGAGUAUGCCUCCGAGUCCGAGGCCGAGUACGGCGCACCGGUGCGGAGGCGCUUCGGCGCGCCGGUGAUGGCGCCAGGCGCGCGUGCCGCAACGCCCGGCGCCCGGCGCAUCACCGUGCCGGCAGGCUCGUCUGCCGCGCUGCCGCCGCCGACGAUCCUCGACGCUUCGGGCGCGCCAAGCCCGGUGCACAGCCCGGCCUUUGGCAUCGACGAGUCGGGCCGCUUCGCCGCGCCCGAGCUCUUGACCUCGGCGUCAGAAGACGAGAUGGUGCGACUGGUCGAGCCGACCCGGGGCUCAGAGGCGGCCUACUCUUCGCGCCAGGCCAAGGCACGGCGCUCGUCGCGGCGACAGAGCGGCUACCAGGGCGCCGAGCUGCAGCUCACCAGCGAGGACGAGGGCAUGAGCGAUGCGGCGCCGCAGCUGCGGCACAAGGAGAGCGUGGAGAGUCUGAGCUCGUGCUUUGACGAGGAGAUUAUGCUGUCGGAUGAUGACGAUGCCGACACGACGCUGCGUCAGAGCGCACCAGUACCAGCCACCGCAGCGCGCAAGCGAAAAGAGCCGGCCUCGGCGGUCUCGAGUGAGCCCGUGCCGAACGAGGAAGACUCAGGCGCGCCAGCGGGGCGCAGCCGGCGGGCCAGCUCGCGCUCGCGCGGCAGCACCGUCAACUACGCGCUGCCGAAGCUGAACACCAAGAUGCGCAAGCCCGACCCGUCUGACCGCAUCCCCGCGCCGCACUCUGGCGACGAGCGAGCCAGCUCCGCCGACGAAGGCGACGCCACGGUGCGCUCGCGCAAGAAGGCCAUUGGCAGCGUCGCCAGCUCGGGCGACCUGAGCGACAUUCGCAGGCAGCACGAGGACGCUGCGGCGCAGCGCGAUGCCGCUGCAGACGGCGACGCGCUCGAUGCGGGCGACGACUCGCUGGCUCAGCUCAUGAGCCAGGAGAGCGACGCCGCGGCGGUGCGGCGCCUCACGCCCGCCAUCGAGCAGGGCCCGUGGCGGCGAGCAUCGGUGGCGCCGCGCGCCGCGCGCAAGGCCGCCAGCUACGCCGAGACGUCCGACUCUGAGACCGAGGUGCGGCGCCCGCGGCAGAGCAAGGCGAAGCGGCAGAGCCACAUUGCGCCCGACGACGACGCGACGCCGCCGGCGAAGGCCGCGGUUGCGCCAACUGCGGUGGAGCCCGCCCCUGCACCGCGCGCAUCUGCUGCACCAAGCGGGCGCCUCUCCGUCUCGGCCAUCACGCUGCAGGACCUCGGCUUCAGCGGCAUCGAGCUCAGUCCGCUCCCGCCGCGCACGUCCGCCGUCAGCCUGCCGAAGAGCUCGACGAUGGCGCCGCGCAGCCGCAGCCUCUCGAGCGGGCCGCUCAGCCGCCCGAGCCUGCAGGGCACCAAGGCGCCGCGCGAGCGCUCCGCCAGCGGCAACACGGUGCUGCCCGAGCGGCCACGCACCUUUUCCGGCGCGCCCAGCAAGGCCCUCGCCAACGCCAGCGACGGCAAGCAGCGCGCCAGCCUCCACGCCGCGCUGACGACGCCAAAGGCGCGCGUGCCGCCGAGCACGGGCAGGGCCCUGUCGUCGCCGUCCUCCUCGGCCUCCUCCUCGCCCAUGCGCAAGGCCCUCAAGCCGGCCGCCAAGCCGGCUGCGGCGCCGCCACGCGCCCCCGCGGCGAAAGGGCCGGCCGCGUCCUAGAGCUUCCUGUCGCUGUAUCCAUUGCCACAUCAUAUACACCCGCCUCCGCCUCCUGCAAUGUGACGAGCUGCAUGCACGG